AUGUCCGACAACUGGUAUACGUCUCGUCCAUGCAGAGCCACCUGCGACCAUUGGGUCCCUCACCGGGACUGCUCCGAGUCGGACCCUGGCGCCUCGCCGCCUCUGUCUACCCUGCGCUCGCCCUACGACCUGUCCAAGGCCGUGGCCGAGGACUUCGUCCUGUCGAAGCACAGGCCGGACGGGAUGCACACGGUGGCCGUGCGCAUAGGCGGCGUCUACGGUGGGCCCGACGACCCGUACCCCAACUGGCGCGCGCCCUUUGGCAUCGCUUUCGACCUCUGGUACCACCCCGACUACCCCAAGGUUCGGGCGAACGUCGCGGGGGCCCUGGUGAGGACGCUGCAGGUGCUGCGCAGCGAUGCAUCCGUGGGGGGGCGAUUCUAUUUUUACACCCACGGCGACAUCCGUGACCAGCAGAUCAUCGGGCCGAUAGUGGCGCGCGCCAGGGGCCGCUUCUUCAUCGGCGCGCCGAUGUUCCCGGUGCGGGAGCUGCUGCAGCUCCUGUCCAUGCUGGACACGCUCCUGCUGAUGCUGCCCGGCCUCCCCCGGCUCUCGAACGUGAGGCACGGGGGCCGGUCGCUGCCCCCGAAGUCGCACUUCACCGCGAGGUCCAUCUUGGACGCAGGUUUCAUCCACCAGAGUUUCGACAACUCGCUCUUCCGGGCCACGUUCGGCUACGCGUACCUCUACACCGCGGAGGAGGCAGCGAGCCACAUGGCGCUGCAGGCCGAGGCGGAGGCGGCGGCGCCGCCCGCGGCCGCGCCGCCCGGCGCGGCCGCUGUCGCUGCGGCGGCGGUGCUGCCGAUGUGCCUGUGCGUGGCGGCCGCGCUGCUGGUGGUGCGGCUCUGCGAGGAGGGCGCAGGCAGCUCCGAGCUGGCCCCCCUGCCCUUGGACACCGAGGCGGUCGUCGGGCGCAGCUGCCUGGGCGGUACCAUUCGGGACACCGUCGGAAUGGCACAUGCUUGCAUCAUGAUCUCGCCGCCUGCCACCCACAUCCUGGGCUACGCCACCAAGCCGUCCUACAAGUUGUGGCAGCCUUUCCGUGGGGGAGGCUUGCAUGUAUUCUUACAGGGCUUGGGAUGGACAUUGUUUUCGCUCCUCAUGGUCCAGUGGAUGAUGACAUUCAACCAGACUCCAACAGUCUCUCCAAAUUCAGGUGCCAGCGUUUGGCAUCUGAUGCUGGGUAUGGACGAUAGAAUGAAGGCACUCUCUGGCUUGCUAUCCCAAAUUCUUCUUGUCAUGAGCCAGUUCGUCUUCAAAGGUGCAGCAAGGGAAAAGUAUGAUUGA